UGGAGGGGUGAGAGGGAGACGGAGAGGGGAGAGAGUAGGUCGAUGGGAGAGAGGUGCUUGUGUUUGUUUGUCUCUCGUUCACAGUACAGCCUAUCGCAGGGGGCAGAGAGUGGUCAUCCGCGCGCAGCUAAACGUCAUCUGGGCCGGUGGGCCUCUCGGUGCGGGACAGCUUGUGGGCCCAAGAAUGCUUCACGGAAUUUGGCGCACAGCGGUCACUCGGUAACCUUCGAUGAAAGUUCCUCCUCGGAGUGUUCCAUCAGACCUUAGAAGAAGAAGACGAAGAAGUUAGAAGACGACGACGACGACGAAGAAGAAGAAGAAGAAGAAGAAGAAGAAGACGAAGACGAAGAAGACGAAGAAGAAGAAGGCAUAAUCAACUCCAGAUCCCCGGGUCAUGCAAGCGAGCGACGCUUCGUAUAUUUGUCUGUCUGAAGCCCUUUUGUCUAUUUGUCGAAUGCGAUAAAGAGCGUUUGAAGUGCGAGGCCGUCAGUGAGUUUUGCUUUUGCUUUUUGUUGUUUUCGUGAGUUUUUGUUGGUUUUAGGUCGGGAAUAUCCACGGUGGGGGACCGCGUUUUUGUCAGCACAAAGAGGUUCAGAAUCUUCAGAUUGAGCGGCCAAAGGGGAAAAAAUUAAAAAACAUAGUAAUGUGUGAUCUAGUUAAGUCCAUGUAGCUAGCGAUUGAGAGAUAAGAUACCCAGCUAUUAAUCAAAGAGUCAAUCAAGAAUCAGUCAUAUGAAACGAUUCGUCAAUCAAUCAGUCUUGCAAGGGAUGAACGGCUCGCUCGGUCAAACAGUAAGUCGGGACCCGGGUGCUGAUCGAGCGGUGGUAGGGAGGUAUAGAGAUAUGAAAAGAAUAUCAGUGGAAUGUGUUUGUCUAACUAGCUCGGGGUUGUUAUUUGUCGAGAAGACAACUACCUAUUAAUGAAUCUAUAUGUAUCAGUCGAUUCCUCAAUCAAUCAAUCAAUCAAUCAACUGGUCUAUCCGGCGAUUGAUUGGUCAGUGAUGUUUGCAUGCAAGGAUCUUCUCAGCUCUGUCGUCUACUGGCACGUGGCGCACGUGGGGCUAGGCAGUGAAGCACUCGGGGAGCUGAGAUUUCGUUCCGAUUGUGGAGGUGACACGUUGCGUGUGUACUCACGAUCCUUGUCGUCAUUAACGUGGGUGGAUGGAACGUGGGGUGCAUGGAACAUGGGCUGCAAGAACGCGCAACAUGGAGUGCAUGGAGUGCAUGGAACGUGUGAAGUCGACUGCAUGCAACGUGGAAUAUGGAGUGAAUGGAACGUGCAAAGUGGACUGCAUGCAGAACGCGGAACGUGGAGUGCAUGGAACGUGUGAAGUUGACUGCAUGGAAUGUGGAAUGUGGAGUGAAUGGAACGUGCAAAGUGGACUGCAUGGAACAUGGAAUGUGGAGUGGAUGGAACGUGGAAUGUGGAGUGCAUGGAACUGGUAACGUAGACUGCAUCCUGUGCGGACUGCAUCGAAUGUGAACGUGGAUUGCAUGGCACUGCAUGGAAGUGAACGUGGAGUGCAUGGGACGUGUAACGCCAAGUGCAUGGCACGUGGAGUGCAUGCAUGUGGAACGUGGAAUGUUGGGUUCUAAUCGGGGGUGCAUGGAACGUGGAGUGAGUGCAUGCUACGUGGACUACAUCGAACGUGAACGUGGAGUGCGUGGUACAUGGACUGCAUGGGACGUGUAACGUCAAGUGCAUGGCACGUGGAGUGCAUGCAUGUGAGAAUGUGGUACGCGGGGUGCAUGGAACGUGGAGCGAGUGCAUGGUACGUGGACUACAUCGAACGUGAACGUGGGGGGCACGUGAAGUGCAUGCAUGCGGAACGUGGUACGUGGGGUGCUAAUGUGGAGUGCAUGGAACGUGGAGUGAGUGCAUGCUACGUGGACUACCACGAACGUGAACGUGGAGUGCAUGGCACGUGGACUGCAUGGAAGUGUAACCUUUAGUGCAUGGUACAUGGACUGCAUGGGACGUGUAACGUCAAGUGCAUGGCAUGUGGAGUGCAUGCAUGUGGAAAGUGGAACGUGGAGUGGAUGUAACGUAGACUGCAUGGGACGUGGGGUGCUAAUGUGGGGUGCAUGGAACGUGGAGUGAGUGCAUCUUACCUGGACUGCAUAGACCGUGAAUGUAGAGUGCGUGGAAGUGUAACGGAACGUGGAGCAUAUGGAACGUGGAGUGAAUGGAACGUGCACGGAUCGUGGAGUGCAGGGAACGUAGCGUCCAAAUGCUAGGGAAGCUGAGAGAGGGUUUUUUUCUGAGCAUAAGGACUACGGUAACCGAAGUCAAUACGACAAAGCAUACACAUGGCCACAUGAUUGCCUUCACAAGACCGUCCGAAACGUCCAUGGUGUGCACAUAUAUAUAUAUAUGGAGAUGCCCUUGUGCUUGUAGAGACUUGCAUAUGUGGCACGCGGUUGCUUAUGAAAACAACGUGUCACUCCACGUCCUAAUCCCGAUUUAAAUGGGAAGUGCCACACACGAACUAUCUAGGCAAUGCAGAAUAGGCACGUGUGCAAAGGUUAUGGACACUUGGAUAAAGGUUGGGUGAAGAGUACGGAGGACAUCGCAGUAGUGGUGAGAGGGUGAGAAGGGAUGGCCAUUCUCGCGCGCAGUCGAAUGUCAGUGGACAGUGUUGACGAAAAAAACAGGAAGUCGAAAAAAAAGAAUCUGGUAUUUCUGAAAACUGGACAUCAGAAAAACAACACAGAAAUACGAGUACUCUCAUGUAUAGUAUUGGACGUCCAGACUGUAUAACAGCAGCAAGAAGCGAUUGUACGAUAAUAAUAAUAAUAAUGAUAAUAAUAAUAAUAAUAAUAAUAAUAAUAAUAAUAAUAAUAAAAAUAAUAAUAAUAAUUGACCGUAUCAGCUGGUAUAGGAUGUGUAGAGGUCCAAGAGAUGGAUUAUACUCCUGGAAGCGUCAAGAAGAAGUGUCAAGAAGAUGAAGUAGUAUGCGUCUGGGCAUGGGAUUGAAAAAGAGAAAGCAGGUACGCACCUGGUCAUGAUGUGUGGCAGCAUUCAUUGUAACUUGUAAGCAUGCUGGGGAGGAAAGGAUGUUUCAGACUAUUUGUGAUUGGCUGUUUCGGUCUAGUUCACUGAUGAUUAG